GCAGCGGGAGAAGGAGAAGAAGGAGGAGGAGGAGGAGGAGAAGGGAGCGGAUGAACCCGGGGGUGAAAAGAUGCCCAGGAUAAUGUCCCCGGUGCCCUCUCUCUGCCGCCGGUCCGUGUCAUGAUGAACGCCGCUGGGGCGGUUGCCCGCAGGAUGCCGUCGGCGGCCCGGCGGAGCGGCUGCUGGAUAGCGUGGUGCCAGGCGGUCCUGCUCGGCGCGUCGGCGCUGGUGAUCGUGGCCGAACGCGGCGCUCUGAUCUACUGUGUAGGUUUCUACCUCUGGAAUGAGGAGACACAGUGGGCGGGCCUCACGCUCGGCCUCUUUCUACCGGCGACAGCGGUUCAGCUGCUCAGUAUGAAAUGGUACUACGACGACGGCGACGACAGGCGAUGCUACCUCUCUGUCAUACACAUUCUGCACUUGGGCAUCUUCAAAAGGUUGUGGGACUGCAUGAGGUCUGUGUCGCGCAUGCAGGGCUCAGUGGCUGAGCUCGGAGCUGCCGUCAUGCAGCAGGCGGAUGUUGCUGCCCUUUGGCUGCUGGAGGCCCUCGUCCUCACGCUGCCUCAGAGCCUGCUGCAGGCGUACGUCGUGGUGUCCACUGACGUGGGCUUCAUGUCGCCAGUGGCGUAUUGCUGUGGUCUGUGUGUGCUUUCUAUCUCCUGGGCCCUGGUACUGUACAGCAGAGCCUGCUGUCUGAUCCGACCGGGCCACCUGGCCAUGCCUCCGGCAGCCCUGCUGUGCCAGUUGGUGUGGAGGGCAGGCAUGCUGGGUGCCAGGGUGACAUGUCUCAUGUUCUUUGCCAGGGUCUUUAACUGGUGGGUCUGUGGAGUAGUAGGUUUCCACUGGCUCACGGCCUCUUUCUGGCUGGUGUCACAGCAGCCAGACAUCUGCACUGGCCCAUGGUGUUGGCGCACCUUUAAUGGCAUCAUGGGGCUCGUCCACGUCUUCCUCUUCCUCAACGUCAAAGACGGGCCCUCGCGCUACCGCAUGGCCAGCUUUUAUGCAUUCAUGCUCGUAGAGAACGCAACUCUGUUGCUGUCUGCCUCCGACUUCCUUAGCGAAGCCUCGUGGGACAGCGUGACCCUUCCCACCACUGUGCUGUGUAGUUUUCUCCUCGGUGCUACUUCUCUUGUCCUGUACUACCGCUUCCUCCAUCCAAAGUCAACAGAGAUCUCCCAGGGUACAAACCACAACCACAUGGGUAGCACAUGUAUAGAACAGGGGGAGUCCUCCUUCUCUCUCGGGGACAAAAGCCUGCCGGCUCCCUCCAUUCAAAACCAUGGCAGCUUCUCCCUUUCAGGCGUGGCUGGUACUUUGCUUGAACACCCAGGAACCUGUGGCGGCAGGCCUAACAGCUCCUGCCCUUGCUAUCACCACCACUGGCUCUUGAUCCGAUUGGCCCUCAAGACGGGGGACCUGGGGAAGAUCAACAGAGCGUACGGGGCAGGUGGAGCAGCAAUCAUCCUGGACUUGGAGGAGUAUAACCAAGGGUUUAAGAGUAACGAGGGCAUUACCAUCACAGCAGGAGGCAGCUGUGAGGGCGUCUACACCUCUGACUCCCAGGAGCAAGGCCUCGCCCCGCUCUCGGACUGCAAGGACGAGUUCCAGAGCGUGAGCGAGCCCUCAUCGACCGAACAACCUGAAGAAGAGUACGACAGUCUGGAGAUGGAGAGCCCGCUGGAGUCACCUUCAUCAGAUUUUAAACGCAGCUCACCGGAGGGCAAGUCUGUGUUUGGAGACAGUCCAGAGCCAUAUUUCUGUCCCACAGAGUCUAGUUCAACCCUAUAUUUCAGCGCUGACCCUGCAUCUCCCAGCAGCGCCAGUAACCCCCACUUGGACAGGGACAUAGGAGGUCUGGAACAGGGGGUUCGCCUCAACUCCAUCCCAAGUGAUCCAGCCCUUCAUAGAGAUGUCCGUGGGCUCAUGGGCCGGGUCGGGCCACGUUGCACUUCCACUCCAAAACUGGACUCUGGAGUGCUGGACUCUCCCGCCAGUGUCCCUCAUCUCACAGGUCCAAGGAAGCAGCUCAUAAUGUCCAGAAGAGAUGAGGAUGAUAACUUCUAGCUAUCUCAUGAAAAUCAGGGAAAGAGUAACAGCAACAUAUCCAACAUUAAAGGAGUACACCAGCUACACACAGGCUGCUUUUUCAUCUUUAUCUUUCUUGUUGUAGGCUGAAAAGGCUGGCAAAAUUUCACCUCUAUAUGCCUCUAUAUUUAGUACACUGUGGGCAUAGUAUAUGCAAAAAAAUGUGAAAGACUUAAGCUAGCCUGUACUCUUCUUGACUCAUAAACUAUUUUCUGAAAACAUAGCAUUACCCAAAUGCCGAGACCAUCAGCAAUGUUUUCAUUCAACAUCCAGAAAAUGAUUAAAUAGCUAAUUAAUUAACUCAAGUUCAGACACAGACACCUUCUAUCUGACAUUAAACAAAAACAAAAUGUCAUUAUUUUAGCAGCAGUUAAUGUUGUUAUACUGUACAACAAAAGGAACACUGGUGCUACCAGGCUGUAAUUACAAGUUAAAGAAGUAGACAUGGGUUAUAUCAACAAAGGCCAUUAGAAAUAUGCAGCUGCUUUAUGAUUUCGACAGCUGAUGGUCUCUAUAAUACACUGUUAUUCAAAUAUAACAAUUGCCAGCAGUAAUAAGAAUAGAGAAGUAACUCGGGGUGGGCGUAUCUGACCUUUUCAAUAUUAACCAUGUCAGCAUAAGCCAGAGCUUUGUUGGCUUCUUAAAAGCACAAGUAUCUUCAAUAUCAUACAUCUGUUGCUGUGAUUUGUUUUUUUGGUAUUCCAACAAACAAGCCUCUCAGAGAAUAAUAUUCAGUCAUUUUUUUGUAUAAUCGUGUUGACUGGCAUUGCUUUGAGCAGGGCUAGUAUGUCAACCUGGCAAAAAUGUGUUUGAUGUUUUAACUUCAUUUACAUGUUGACCAUGUAUUUGCUGAAAUUGUUUUGUUUUUUGGAAUAGACAUCACGUUAGGGCGGAAAUGUCUCAGGCACUGACUUUGAACCGUGUUGUGUAACAAAAUGUUUAAAAAAAAAAGAAGAAGAGAGAGAUGCAUAUGCAGCAAUUGUAGUGACUUUUUUAUUUUUAUUAAAUAUGCUGUUGAUCGCUAUUUCUAAGGGGACAGCUGCAUUCUUUGCUCAUUACUGUUGUGUAAAAGGGAUGAAAUCCACAAAGCAAAAAACUUGACUGCCUACAUGACAUUUUGAACUGUGAGGUGCAAGGCCACUGGUGGCUUUAUAAAAGCAAUAAACAGCCGACAUAUUGGACUGACUGGAA